AUGAAGGAGCACCCAACUCGACACCGCUCGUUGAUGAUCAGCCUGUGGUCACUUCCCCUCCUACCUUCCCAGCAGCAACAUCACCACCUCAGUCCCCUAUGUCGUCUUCGGCAGGACCUCAGUCUCCUGCGUUGUCUUCGCCAGCUAGCAACUCUCGUGAUGCUGGAUCACCGUCAUCAUCACAGCCAACCACUCACAUCGUUAUGGAACCUCUCGAAGAGGGGCAUGUCAGUCCCGUUUCUCAGGCUCCUCAACUUGGUCGAGGUUUACGCAACAAGCGACCUCCAUCUUACCUUGAUGUCUAUGUCACUGAACUGA